AUGAAAGAGGCGUCCACGCACCGGAACCAAAUGACUGAUCAGGUCGAGGAGGAGCCUUAUGGUUCUUGUACUUCGAAAAAUAAGGUGUCUACUUCUCAAACAAAUAUUGUUGGGAGCAGAGCAGAAGGGUGUGCCAACAAUGGUAACCAAAGGGAAGAGCAUCUAGGCCAAAAUUCUAGUCUUAACCUAACGGGAAUGGAUGAAAUGUUGGAUGACAACUCUUCUGAUCUCAAUGAGAUUGGAUCUUCUCUUUAUUCGACUUUGGUCGCGGUUAAUGGGUACAGAGUGAAGCCGGAAUGGGCAUCUCUCCUCAACGCCAUAUUUCUGAGACAUGGAGAUAAUGCCAAGGAUUGCUCCUUUGUAGGUAUUAGAUCUCGUUCGUCUCUCCUGGAGAUAGUCUGUGAGAUCAUCCAGAAACUAGAGGAUACAGAAUUCAUACAUAUCAAGCCUAGGCUGGAUGUUAUUUCCGAGGCCAUUGAUCUGUGCAAGGGCUAUCCCAGACUGACGAAUGCACAAAGAAGAAGAACUGAAGUCAUUGAGAAGAAAAAGGAAGAGUUAAAAAGCUUCAACAUGGAGAUUCUAGAUUCGGAGGAGCAAAUUCUUUCUUUACAGAAGAAGAUUCUAACUUUAAAGGAGAAAGUCCUUUUAGCAGAGGAUGAGCUGACUCCAAUGAAGGCUGAGGCUGAGAAGAUUGCUGAGACAAUCUCAGACACAAUGGCAAAAGUGAAACGUUUUCAUCAAAAGUCUUUGGUGGAUGGUCUACUUCAGUUUAAUCUCUGCCUAAUGAUAACUUUUGUGACUUGUUUUACUUGCCAAAAAACAGAACUUGUGUGGGCCUAUCUGAAAGAGAAUCCAGUUGGUCGUGAAUAUCUGAACUAG